GUCGUGUGUCGUCUACGUCGAGCAUGAAUGAUGGAGAGGAGAACGUUACCAGCUCGUCGACUUCGUCCAGUGCUAGAAGUGGAAGAAAUGACAAUGGGGAAAUCAAAUCCACAACGUCGAGGAUGCAGGAGAACAGCGACACUGAAAAAGAGAGAUUUUCUCUAGACUUUUACGGGGGCGCGAAUUCUGGGUUCUCGAAAGAGUUCGCCCGACAGAUGAAGCUUUUCG